GAAGCACACAUCAUUUCGUACAGACAACUCUUGUUGUUUGAACACAAUUUCAUCUUCUUUCUUUCUUCAAUCCAUUAUUGCAUUCCAAAAGGUCCACCUCAUAACAAAUCCUGUUCACUUCAAAAUAUUUUAUAUCAAUUAUUGUAUUUGUGUUAUAAAUAACCAUCAGCCGUUGCAAUCUUCAACUCGUAGCAAUCCUGGGAUUGGUCGAAAAUCGUGAACAUUCUGUGGUUUUUGCAUUCUGGGAUUUGUUUUGUCAGUUUUUGUUGGGUUGAGUUGAAUACUGAAGGUUUUCGUGGAAAAAAUGGCUGCCGCUGUGGGAUGUGGUUCUGCAUUGGGUUCUUGGGCUCAAUUGAAGGGAAGAAAUGUGAGGAGUAAUAAUAGCAACGGUAAGAGGAAGGCAUUGAGGGUUUCAUGUGGCUCUUCUGCUGCUCUGAGUGAUCCAUAUAAGACUCUGAGGAUUCAACCUGGCGCCUCUGAAUCUGAGGUUAAGAAGGCGUUCAGGCAGCUUGCUCUUCAGUAUCAUCCUGAUGUCUGCAGAGGAAGCAAUUGCGGUGUCCAAUUCCACCAGAUUAAUGAAGCAUAUGAUAUUGUGAUGAGUAAUCUACGGGGGGAGUCCAGCACGCCCCAGAUGGAGAUGUACGAGCAUUACGACGCAGAUGAACCGAUGAGAGGGAUGUGCGAUGAGGAUUGGGACAUGUGGGAAGAAUGGAUGGGAUGGGAAGGAGCUGGGAUUCGUGACUACUCGUCCCACAUUAACCCUUACAUCUGAUCUCCGGACGAGUUUCAUGAAGCGUUGGACGAUGUUUGUUUGUUCGGAAAACAACCCCAUCUUCAUAAUGUGUUUAUGAAGUUGUGAAGAUGGCUGAGGUUGUUUUUUGCUGUACAGAUCGAUGUUUGUUUCUCCUGCAGUUGUACAUAGCAUCCCAUUUAUGUUAACUAUAUUUCCUAACUA